AUGAGGGCACAGCGAGGCUCUAGCGUAGCCUUGCUAGGUAGUCAUGGAUGGACCAAGUGUAUCAUGAUGGAGAGAAGCAUCUUCCAGGCCAAUCUGUAUAGGAGAGAAGCUUCAUUUUCUCCUCCUUUGCCCGAGAACAAGGGGCCCUCUCUAGUCACAGUCGAAGAUGCUCGUGUCAUGCGCACUAGCAGAGGAUUGGCCCUUGGUGCUCUUUCAGAGCAAUUCUAUGGCGCUGUGGAGAUGCCGGAAAGUAUGGAACAUGAAGACAAGGUUUCCGUUCGAGCCUAUUUCAAUUGGUUCCGCCUUGUGCAUCUGGUCGGCAGUGGACAAGGAUAUCUCCUUGACAAGACCCAACGACAGGCGCAUCACAUGCUGCUGGAUUGGUGGUGUGGCACAUACUGUGACCCCAAGGCUUGUAUCUAUUUUCUCCUUUCCAAACUGGCCCCAGUAAUAUCCAGGAUUAUCUUGUUGAAUGAUGAUCUGCGGCUUCAAUGGUCGUAUAGGGUGAAAAAUGGCAACUUUAUCUUCAAAGAGCUUGUAAAAGCCGAUCUCUGCCUCGAGCUUUGGGAAGAAGAGAAAUUCUCCCAUCCCGCCAUUGAAAAACUCGAGGCAUGCAUCUCAUAUUUCCUCGAGUUUCUGGGCCAUCGCUACGAUACAGUUACGAGAACCGUAAUGGAUCCGAGAUGGCAGCAGUUUGAAGAGGACAGCAUGCCUGUUGACGAGAUAUCUGCGUAUAACCGGACCAUUGGAGAACCCCAAAGGCAGUGGCAUAUUUCGGCCGGGGAGGAGUAUUAUCAGGACACUGAGUUUCUGGUACUGCGGAAUAGCGAGCGGGGUAGGUAUACCCGAAUCGAAGAGCCGGAGUCCCAGCCAAGCAACGGGGCCAGCAGGGUCUAUCUUCUUAGGCCACCGGAAUCUGAUCGGCUGGUGCCCAAAACCACGGCGGAUUUCAUGGAGAUUUGUCUGUCAGAAGCGACAAACUUUGAAUGGCCCGAGAUCCAGGUGCGAAAUUUACUCGCCAUCCCGCACGGCGUGGAUAAUGGGCUCGAGAUCUAUGACAACUACCCCCAGUAUCUCUGGAACCGUUCAAGCGCGACGCUAGUCAAGACAUCAGCCCUCGUUCGCGGGAGCCCUCCGCCGGCCUAUACAGCCAUCAGCCAUCUCGGGCGUCGCCGAGAAGCUGGCCGGCGCCACAGCAUCCCAAACGGCUGGAAGUACCCCGUGCCGUCGAUUGACAAGUUCAAGGUCGGGGAGCUCGUGAGAGACUUGCAUGAGCUUCAGGGCGGCAUCGAGAUCGAGACUGAAUAUGUGUGGAUGGAUCUCUUGUGCCUGCCGCAGUGCGAGGAAGACGACGAACAGGACAACAACGGGCAAGAUUUCCAGCUUAAGCUGGUAGAGAUUUCGCGGCAGGCAGCCAUUUUCCGGAACGCGGUGCGAGUGAUCAAGUGGCCUCACGAGUCAAUAGACCUCUCUAGCUUGAUUGGAACCAUCAUGGUGCGUGGUUGA